CUUCCUUACCGGUUCACCACCCUCCCCAUUGCCACAUAUCCAUCUUUGUAAAUUGUCCAAUAAAUUCACCUUUGGUGUCUUUAGACCACCACAAAGUAGUCCCACUGUCUGUAUUUCUAUCUUAGUGCUUCGCACAUUCGCUCAUUUCCGACGAAGAUUUCUGACUCUGACCCCCCAAAAGCUACUCCAUUACACCAAUCUUUUAAAAAAAAAAAAAAACCAAACACAAACCCACCAAAAUUUUCGUGAAUCUUGAUCUGGGUUUGAUCCAGAUUCCCUUAAAACUCAAUAAAAUUCAACCUUUUUUGUACAUGGAUUCAGUUUCUUGAAGAAAAGAAAGAUGGGUUGUGUGUCAUCUAAACAGACAGUUUCUGUAACUCCGGCGGCGGAUCAUUCUGGGGUUUUCCGCGACAAUGCGGUGGUGGGUUCUUGCCGGAGUGUUGACGGUGGUGGAGAUGUGGUGGCACAGUUGGAUAACAGGAGGAGGAGGAAGAAGAGGAGUUCAAAGAGUGUGUCUGGGAUGAGUUGGAGUGAGAUGGGUGGCUCAGGGAGGAACAAUGGUGGUGAGCCGGUGAGUUUUAGGUUGGGGAACUUGCAUAGGUAUGUAGAAGUGGAGCAGGUGGCUGCUGGUUGGCCUGAGUGGCUCAGUGCAGUGGCUGGUGAAGCUAUUCAUGGUUGGGUGCCUCUUAGAGCUGAAUCUUUUGAGAAAUUAGAGAAGGUUGGACAAGGUACAUAUAGUAGCGUUUUUCGUGCUCGUGACCUAGAAGGUGGGAGGAUAGUUGCGCUAAAGAAGGUGCGGUUUGACAACUUUGAACCUGAAAGUGUUCGGUUUAUGGCUCGUGAAAUAAUGAUUCUUCGUAGACUUAACCAUCCAAAUAUCAUGAAACUUGACGGGAUAAUAACCUCACAGCUAUCAUGUAGCAUAUACCUUGUCUUUGAGUACAUGGAACAUGAUAUUUCAGGACUUUUAUCAUGCCCGGACAUCAAGUUCACCGAAUCACAGAUUAAAUGCUACAUGAAGCAGUUGUUGUCGGGACUCGAGCAUUGUCAUUCACGGGGAGUAAUGCAUCGUGACAUCAAAGGGGCAAAUCUUUUGGUAAAUAAUGAAGGAGUGAUGAAAAUAGGUGAUUUUGGGUUGGCGAAUUUUUGUAAUGUGGCUCAUGACAGGCGGCCUUUGACCAGUAAAGUUGUUACUUUAUGGUACCGGCCGCCUGAACUUUUAUUGGGGUCCACGGAUUAUGAUGCUUCAGUGGAUCUAUGGAGUAUUGGGUGUGUAUUUGCAGAGCUUCUUCUUGGUGUACCUGUUCUUCAGGGUAGAACCGAGGUGGAACAAAUGCAUAAGAUCUUUAAGCUUUGUGGAUCCCCAUGUGAAGAUUAUUGGGAUAGGUCAAAACUUCCUCAUGCUAUGUUGUUUAAGCCACAACGUCCCUAUGAAAGUUGUCUACGAGAAACUUUCAAAGAUCUACCUAAGAACACAGUGGAACUUAUAGAAACUUUGUUGUCCGUUGAACCAUUUAAGCGUGGGACCGCCUCUUCCGCUCUUGCAUCUGAGUAUUUCAGGACAAAGCCGUAUGCAUGUGAGCCAUCAAGUUUACCAAAAUACCCUCCUAGCAAAGAGAUUGAUGCUAAGCGUCAUGAAGACUCAAGAAGGAAGAAUCAUGUUGGAAGAACGCGAGGGCCUGAAAUGUCACGAAGAUUGAAUAGAAAACCGAAUGGCAUGAGUAAAUUAGUGCCCGAGGAGAAUUUAUCAAUCAAAACCGAAGUUAGGCUGAAAAUAAAUGGAAGUAGAUUAAAUAAACACAAGGACAGUGAUAUAAUCUUAGCUUUUGAGCCACGCAAGCCGUCUGGAAGCACAAUAGACCCCGAGUCUCAAGGAGACAUUACAUUUUCAGGCCCGUUACAAGUUCCAGGUUCAAGUGGUUUUGCAUGGGCCAAAAAGCGGUUUGAGGAUUCUUCGUCUAUCAGGUCACUCGGCAGAUCGAGUUCCAAAAGUCUUGUAUCUGAGUCUGAAGUAACAUUACAUUCAAGGGAAACAAAACGUACUGAAAAGAUUGAACGGACUGGUUCUAGAGGUCGGGAUUCCAAAGUUACAUACGAUGGCGGGUCUCAUGGUUACCCUUCUCGAGAUCUGUCUACGGCAUUUUUCAGGAAAAUAGAUUCGGUGUAUCAGGAUCAAGAAGAUAAGAUUGAGUUUUCGGGUCCUUUGUUGACUCAGUCCCACCAAAUUACUGAACUUCUAGAGAGGCAUGAACGCCAGAUUCGCCAAGCGGCUCGAAGAUCAUUGUUGCAAAAAGGUAGGAAGAACGGCUGGUGAACUGAAUUGUUUCUUGAAUCGGAUAAAUUGUUCUGAAGAUCAUGAAAUCUUGAUCCAUAGCUCAUAGAGGAGUUGUUACGACAGUUUAACAGACCAAAAUCACGGGUUUAUGAUGGUCGUAAAGCUUUUAGAUCUCACUUUUUAACCUCCAUUGAUUAGUUUUAGAUAUUAAUAUCUUCUAUCCUGUAAAACAAAGGUGAUUGAAUAUGAAUGUAUAGCUACAGAAAAUUUGCAUGGAUCUUUAUGGUUUCGAAUAUAUACAACCGUCUGUUUUUUUUUUU